AUGAACAAUAAAGUAUAUUUGACCGAUUUUCAGGGCUUGUCCUUCAAUUUUCAGGGCUUGUCCUUCGGAUUCCCAAUCCCCUCACAAUAUGCAGAGUGCUGUUUUGACCGAGAAGCCGAACUUCUUUUGGAGUUUCCUGAUGGCACAACUCCUGUUACUUGCCUUGUCUCAAUAUAUGAUUCUUCAACAGACAGUAAGGUCAGGCUAGGAUCUUCUAUGGACAACGCCCAUGAUCCUCUGUUGCCUACUGGCAUUCUCUACAUGGAAGAAGUGCAAGUGAAGGUUGGAUUACUUGUUUCAUUGUGA